AAAGACAGCAAAGAAAAAAAGGAAAAAGACCUUCAUCUUCCUUGUUAAUAAUCAAUCCUUCAUCUUCCUUGUUAAUAAUCAAUCCUUCAUCUUCUCUCUCACCAACCUCCACCUAUCUCUCUCUUUAUCUCUUCUGUGAGCCACGACUUGUGCUGUUGUGUAUAGAAUACGAAGAAGCAAGAAAGAAAGAAGGAUUGAAGUGUGAUAAUUACAACCCACCAACUAAAACCCUUUCUUCAAUUCAACUCUACGCGUCGCUUAGUAAUACCCAAAAAAAAAGUUUUAAUCUUUUUUUCUCCCAACAGAAAACCAAAGCAAAUCAUUAAUUUACUCCAUUUACUAACCCAAUUUUCUAGGUUUUUUUUUUCUUUUUCUGUUUCCCUGAAUUUUUUUUUUUUGUUAUUAAAGAUUGAUUCUUUAUAGCCUAUUGAUUUUGACCUCUCCCUCACUGUGUCUCUCAUUGAGAGAGAGAGAGUACCCAUCACUCCAAGAUUUGAUUUUUUUUUUUAUAUUUUGGAUUAUCCUUUGAGAUAAUGGCCAAAGUACUAAAAUCAAGCCAAUCAUGCCAUUUCCCUUCACCUUCAAGCUCUUCUUCUUCUUCCUCUUCUACAUCAUGUGGUGGCAAUGAUUGUAACAGAGACCCACAUUCUCCUUUUAACAUUUCUCGAGAGGAAGAGGAAGAAGAAGAGGAGAGAAGCGAGAAAGAGAGAGAAAGAUUCGAGCUUUCCUCUGCAUUGGAGAUUCUUGUUUCUGCUAUUAGAAGGUCUGUGAUUGGUGGCUGUGUUGGUGAAGAGGAUCUUUGUUCUAUGGAGAUUGGUGUUCCCACUGAUGUUAGGCAUGUAGCUCAUGUCACCUUUGAUCGUUUCCAUGGCUUUCUUGGUUUGCCUGUUGAGUUUGAACCUGAAGUCCCCAGGCGAGCUCCUAGUGCAAGUGCUACCGUGUUUGGAGUCUCUACUGAGUCAAUGCAGCUAUCUUAUGAUACUAGAGGGAACAUCGUGCCUACAAUACUUUUGAUGAUGCAGAGUCACUUGUACAGUAGAGGCGGGUUGCGGGUAGAAGGAAUUUUCAGGAUUAAUGGUGAGAAUGCUCAAGAGGAGUACAUAAGGGAAGAGUUGAACAAAGGUGUUAUACCUGAUAACAUUGAUGUCCACUGCCUAGCAAGUCUCAUUAAGGCUUGGUUUAGGGAACUUCCGAGCGGUGUUUUGGACUCUCUCUCACCAGAGCAAGUAAUGGAGUCUGAGAGUGAAGAUGAGUGUGUGGAGCUUGUAAGGCUUCUUCCUUCAACUGAAGCUUCUUUGUUAGAUUGGGCUAUCAAUCUAAUGGCUGAUGUUGUCGAGAUGGAACAACUUAACAAGAUGAAUGCUCGCAACAUUGCAAUGGUUUUUGCACCUAACAUGACUCAGAUGUUGGAUCCAUUGACGGCUCUCAUGUAUGCUGUGCAAGUUAUGAACUUUCUUAAAACACUUAUUGUGAAGACGCUUAAAGACCGGAAAGAAUCUCGAGACAGGUUGGUUCCAGCCUCAAUUCCAGGUCCUCGGGACCAUAAUGGUGAUCAGAGCAGCAGUAGACAACUAUUGCAUCUCAUGAAAGCUAACAAGGAUGAAUCUUUAGACAACUCUGAGGCCGAGAUGAAAGACAAAGAAGUGUCUGCAGAUGAAGAAGAAGAAGAAGAAGAAUCUGUAGAAUCUCCAGAACUUGUUGGCAUAAAGUCUUCUCAGGUGAAAAUCUGUACUAAUGGAGGUUAUGGACAGAAACAAAAUGAUUGGGAGGAGCAGAGGAAGAAGACUACAACGACCAUGCCUAAAGCGAGUAGUAUUGUGGGACGCGUGAAUUACAGAGUUGAGCUAUUCGAAGCUUGGCGAUGAAGAAAGGUGAAUAGUUGAUGUUUUUUUAUCCAACUUUUGGAUUUUCUUGAUUUGGGUUUUGUGGGAUGGAUGGAUGAUGCUUUUAAAUUUUGAUGAUGGUUGCUUGUGUAUCAAGAAAUGCUACGUCUCUGCAUAUAAUUUCGAAAAAGAUAAGCUUCUGCUUAAGGUUUUAUG